UACGGGUGUCCGAAUUUUACGAUAAUAAUUUUAUGUGAAAAGGAUUCCAUAACUCAUUUUAUAUCUACAGGGGAGGGGGGCCACAUAAAUCUGGGCUCCUUGAAUAUCGUAACAUUAUUCAGUGUAGCUCAACUAUGUACAUCAGAGUGACUUUAACGUCCAAAGUUGUUAUGAUUCGUACGACAUGGGGAAUGUUGGCAGCGAGAGGAGCUCCGCCCACCGGCUGCUGUAACUCCGCCCACUAUCUGUUGUAGCCCCGCCUCCUAGCCGCAAAGUAGCGAAUCAGCGGCUAUGGGUGGAGCUUCGGGUGUGACGUAGGUGCCUUAUAUGUAACAAGUGUUAGUCGGGAUUAUCAGUGAUGGUCACCGGGUGAUAGUAUACGCAGGUGUGAAUGUUAGUCCCUGGCGCUCUUCUUGUGUGCGCUCAGUGAACUGUUGUGGUGUUUACAAGUGUCUUAGACUGUGAUCGGAUGCUCGAGUGAUAGACGCAGCCACCACCAUGCCGCGCCCCUGCCGCGAGAGUUACGGCGAUCAGAAGCCGCCGUACUCGUACAUCUCCCUUACCGCCAUGGCCAUCUGGAACAGCCCGGAGAAGAUGUGUACACUGGCGGAGAUCUACAAGUUUAUUAUGGACAACUUCCCCUACUACCGCAAGAACACUCAACGCUGGCAGAACUCUCUGCGUCACAACCUCUCCUUCAACGACUGCUUUAUCAAGAUCCCUCGUCGCCCUGAUAGACCCGGCAAGGGCGCCUACUGGACCCUACACCCGUCCGCCAUGAACAUGUUUGAGAACGGUAGCUUCUUGCGCCGCAGGAAGAGGUUUAAGAUACCUAAGCCUGAGAAGGAUGCGCUGGAGGCGGGUUUGGCGCAAAUCAACAACCCUCUGCGAUGCCUGGAGGCGUCACGGUGCUCUGGAGAGACGCUGUUGGGGGCCUCUGCCAGCGUCAGUCUGCCCUCCCUUCACCACCAGGGUAAACAACCCUUUACUGUGGAGUCUCUGGCCGCCUCCGAUGCCAAGCUGCCCCAGCAACUGCCGCCCAUGCCGCCCGUGUCGUUGCCCCUGGGGUUUCUGCCGCCUCCAAUGCCCCAUACCGCCCUCACACACCGCCCACUGCCCUUCCCGCCCACUGAUCUGCCGCUAUCGCCCACCCACCCGCCACCCACGCUACCGACCACCACCCAGUACUCGCCCUACCCACUGCCACACAUGCUGCACCACCCACCGCCCCUCACACCCUCACUGCACCACCUGUACGCUGCAGCGGCCAUGGCGGCAUCACUGACGCCGUGUGGAGGGGCGGCGCCCUUGGUGAGACCCGCUGCGGUGCAUAUGUCGCACCUCACCCUGGCCUCACUCUCAGUUCUAAAUCCCUUCACCUCGUCGCUACCUCUCCGACCUCAAGCCGUGGCUCCACGCACCUCCACGGCAACUAUAACAGCAGCUCUGGCCUCCACAGCUUCAGAUUAUUCAGUCUCACGACUCUUGGCCUCAAAGUCCCCCACACCGUUGCUCAGACACCCACUGAUGCCUCCGACGUCCACAGCUGCGCUGCUACAUCAUUCACAGUUCCACGACUUCAGUCACGAUGACGAUGACGAGCCUAUCCACGUUGAAGACGACGACGAUGAUCAAGAAGCACCAUCAGCACACACACGAAUCCCCUCGGGAGGAGUUUCUCCCGAGGAAGACGCUGCGGAAACGACCAAUAGCGGCAAACUCCUUUCUCGGCAGGAACUUGGGGUCCGAGUAGAGCGGGAAGGAGCCUCGCAGGUGCCGUCAGAAGAGCUGUUCCUUCGUACGUCUCCUUCUGUACGUUCCAUUUGACGGUGACAGUGUACCCCUGACUCGACCCACAGCCUCCACCGCAGCCUCCGGGGGCCCACACUGUGCCCACUCCAUGCGUAAUGUUCUAGUCUAGAGGUCCUCUCCUCAGUGCUAGAGCCCAGAGUUAAAGGGUCCUCAAUAGUCUUCGUGUCCUCCUUAUCCCCAUUAAGGUAAAAUUCCUCUUAAGAGACGAAUGCUUUUGUUGGAGCUUUACCUACCUCUCUUUCACCAAGUCGCGAACUCUCCCCGUCAGGAAAAUAAACUUUAUUGCCUUGUAUUCAAACGUGCCAACCCGAAACCAGGUCAAGGAAAAUGUGUUGAUGCUAAGCUGUUUAUAGGUCGAGCCGUUCCAAGUGGCUCUUUCCAGGUCAAAGAAACACGAUGGAAUGGCUUCUAGCAGAGGGUAGAAAGGGAGACGAGAUAUCUUCACUAGUGAUAGACGGGAGAGGAAAACAAUUUCGUCGAUGAAUAAGAG